UUGAUAAUCACGUCCGAUGCCCAAACCACGUUCAGUGUCGUGUACUGGUAGAUGGUUACGUACAUCAACAAGAUUUCAUGAGAGUGCAGUGGAUAGUGUGCAAAAGUGGUGCGCUGAACCCAACUUUUAAAAAAGGUUGGACGUUUGUCAAGCAUUAAUUAACAGAGCGCUUCAACCAAGUAUUGCGGGACGGUUGACACGUGAAACGCGCACCGCAAAAACAAUAACCAACGUUCGUACAACACAGACUAGUGAUAUAAAGGGGCAGGCGACUUUUUUCAAGUUUAUCGUGGGCAGAAACGCUAUGGACUGACUGCUAGGGACGGACUAUUGGAGUUCAAGCUGUUUUCCUAAGUAGGAAUAUCGAACAACUUCUGUGGUUUCUGAAAACAGUGCGCUAAAGGCUUGCGUAAAUGUCUCUUGGAAAUUAAUUAAAUGUUGCGGAAGGUCCGCGGGAUAGAGAAAAUUCAAUCUGAACUGCAAGGAAUCAGUACAUUGUUUUAAUUCAUCAAAGCGAGAAGUUUUACUGGCAAGGUGAUAAAAACUUGUCUAACCGGAAUAACUUUCAAAUAAUUUUCGCUGUAUAGGAAACUUCUCUGUGAGGUUUCAGUGAAGCACAAGGGUGUUAUUGGGAUUUUAUUGAAAUGUAAGAAUGAUGAAUUAUUAUGGAAAAUAUAGAAGAUUAUCUGAGAAGCCGAUCGGAUAUCGGAGAGACGUGAAAUGGAUUAGCGGUGUGACUUUCAGAAAGCUUUCCUGCUUGAUUAACGCUGAACAAACCCGGAGUGGACUCAAUUAGAAAUAAAUGGGAAUUGAGGAGAAUUGAAAAUAUUUGAAGAGAAGAAAAUGUAAAUCUAAUGAUACUCGUAUGCAAUGACUUCAUUUGUCACCGAUGAAUAACAUAGUCUGAAUAAUCACAAGAUAGAAUUCCAUUUUUUGAAGUGCUGAUAAAAUUCUCGUUUGGAAUAUUUUCAUCUAUAAAGUAGUUAAGUGGUGAAAAAAAGGCAUUUGACAUAUUAAUAAAGGCACCAAAAGUCAACAUUAUUAUUGUAAUUAAAUGUUAGAUAAACGUCGCUAAAUACCAGUUUAAUGUUUCUUGGAUCCAGUGAAAUAUGUGAUGAAUUAAAUUUACAUUAACGCGCCCUAGUGGAGGAUUAAUACCAUACUUACUAAUGUGAGAAAAAGCUUUGUGAAUGAGUGUUACUUUAGAUGAAAUGGGACAAUGUGGUUAGGGUACGGAUGUGGUGUUAACGUGCACGUGUCGCGUUGGGCCGGGCACGUGGCGACCACUUGGUGGCUCGGAAUUCUCGUGCUAUGCAGGACAUUAUGCGUUUUGGCGGAAUUUCCAGAUACUGAAUAUCCUUCGGCCCGGUACACACCGGCACCUGAUUUUUUGCCCGGACCAUCAAACGUCACCUUCCACCGGGGCGAACUGGCCGUACUAAGCUGUUCUGUCUACAACUUGGGAACGAAGACGGUGGUCUGGCGACGCCAGGAGAAAUCAUUUCCGCUCACGUCCGGCACAAUGACGGUUGUAGCAGACGACAGGAUACAAAUAGGUCACGUGCCUCACAGUAACCAAUGGGAUUUGAUGAUCAAAAACGUGCAACCCGAGGACGCGGGCCUCUAUGAGUGCCAAGUGGCGUCCACCAAUAAGAACUUUCGACGUAUGGUCUCCCUUGCUGUGCUGGACACGGAUGCGGACGCCACGGAGAUACAGAUCACGGAACAACAAUACGUGGAGCGCGGGGAUCCCAUCCGCCUGGAGUGUAACGCAACUGGCCAGUAUUACACGCCCGACGACAUUGACUGGUUCAGGAACGGCCAGCGUGUCACUUCUGACGACAAACGGGGAAUCAAGUUACUCAAGCAGUUGUCUAUAGCACAAAAGACGUUCACUAGUAUAUUAAACAUUGAACGCGCACAAAUGAAAGACAGUGGGGUGUAUGUUUGUCGGUCAUCAAAUAAGCAAAUUGCUAGCACCAAAGUGCACGUUUUAAACGGUAAGGAUGAAGCUGAAACGUUUAACCGCAAAAGAGGCACCCUGCACGAGGCCAGAGAAGCGGAGUAUGACUCCAGCCUUCAGCAAUUGCCGUCAACAGGAACGACAUAUCGGCCGUCGGCGGCGGGAAUAUUCACCACCUGUCUGGCCCUAUUGACAGUAAUAUUUCAAACGAUACGUCGGUGAUCACUGUGCUACACUUUCCGUCGGCGGCAACGUCACAUCGUCCGUCGACCACGGGAAUAUGUGUUACUUGUGUGACUAUUUUGGUAGCACUAUUCCAGAAGAUACGUGUUUGGUGAUCAGCGGGCCUUUGUUCCGGCAAAGUUCUUCUUCUGAACUGUGUUUAGGUUGCUGAUCUAUCAGAGUAAUAGUAUUACUAAGAUACACAAGGCAUUAAUAAACGUCAUACAGUAGCGGUUGGGAAUUACAUACAGAGUUCUUCUUCAAACGUGCGCGAUUAUUGUGUAGGCAGUUUUGUCAACUAAACGGGAACAUGAUCAAUACAGCAAGAACAUAAUUAAACUUUAUUAAUGUGGAUCUAUUUCCAUGGCCGACAUGCCUAUUCGCAGUAUUUCUUCUGCGUCAGGAAGUUGAACUCGUGUUGUGAAACUAUUUAUAAGGCUGCCUCUUUGCUUCCGGAGUUUUUUGUUUUGUGUUUACGGGUCAAUUCUCCCGGGAGCAUUUUUAUCUCUUUCUUCGUUGUAUAUUUGUUAAUAUAUGUAUAUUAUUAACAUCAUUCACUAUCUCUAUGUAUUCAUGUACUAUAUAUCAUUAUUAAAUACUCAUAAAUCACCAUUUGUAUAGGAAUCUUAAAUACAACUAGUAUAUUUGGAUUUUAUAUAAGAUGGGUAAAAUAAUAUAAACUAGUAAUUGAUGUGAGUGUUUCAGUGCGAAACGACAUAAUGAUCCUCUUUUUAUCCUUUGAUAUUUUCGCUGAACCUUUUAUUUCAACCAAUCAUUUUUCAAAAGAAAAUAACACAAUACUCUACAUCGUUUGUUUUGUAUUUAGAAACCCUGCCUGUUCAAGGGUAGUAUCUUUUGUGCGUUUGAUUAACUACUGGGUUUGUCCCUGUAUUUUACAUUGUAUUAAUGUACAAACUUUCGUUCGAUAAGUAAUUGAGAUUCUAUGAGAAAAGAGCUAUCAGGACUAUAAAAUAAAACAAAAUCACUGAAGUUGGUUUAUGAGGCUGCGAUAUCAAAAUGGCUCAUAUUUCUUGAGAAACGUUAAAUUA